AUGUUUCAAACAAAACAUCUGAAGUUGAAGACAAACAGGAAUCAAAAAUGGCAAUCCUAAAACAUGGUUCUCACCUGGGAUUGCUGUUUCUCCUCACAUUCUUUGCUGGGUCUCUCCCUUUUCUGGCCGAAUCAGCAGUCAAGCAGUACCAAUUUGAUAUUCAAGUGAAGAAUGUGAGCAGGUUAUGCAAUGCCAAACCAAUCGUCAUGGUGAACGGAAUGUUCCCAGGACCGACGAUAUAUGUUCGAGAAGGCGACCGAGUUCUCAUAAAUGUUACAAACCAUGCACAAUAUAACAUGUCCAUUCACUGGCAUGGGUUGAAACAACAAAGAAAUGGUUGGGCAGAUGGACCGGCUUAUAUUACACAGUGUCCGAUUAAGACAGGCAAUAGCUACACUUAUGACAUUACUGUCACAGGACAACGAGGGACUUUAUGGUGGCAUGCCCACAUUUUGUGGCUAAGAGCCACAGUUUAUGGGGCUUUUGUUAUCAUGCCUAAACUAGGAACUCCAUUCCCAUUUCCUCAACCAUAUUUGGAGGCUAAUAUCGUCUUAGGAGAAUGGUGGAACUCAGAUGUUGAAACCUUGGUUAAUCAAGCCAACAAAUUGGGACUUCCACCCCAAGCCUCUGACGCUCACACCAUCAACGGCAAACCAGGCCCUCUCUUCCCCUGCUCCGACAAACACACAUACGCAUUGGAAGUAGAGUCCGGUAAAACAUACCUGUUAAGGAUCAUCAAUGCUGCGCUCAAUGACGAGCUCUUCUUCGCCAUCGCCAGCCACUCUCUCACCGUCGUGGAGAUCGACGCCGUCUACACAAAACCCUUCACAACCACCGCCAUUCUCAUAGCCCCAGGCCAGACCACCAACGUUCUGGUUAAGGCUGAUCAAGCCCCUGGCCGGUACUUCAUGGCGGCCCGCCCCUUUAUGGACGCCCCAAUUCCGGUCGACAACAAGACCGUGACUGCCAUUCUGCAGUACAAAGGAAUUCCAACCACAAUCCUUCCUUCUUUGCCAACUCUGCCUCUUCCUAACGAUACCAAUUUUGCUCUGUCGUACAACAACAAGCUCAGGAGCUUGAACACUCCUCUCUUUCCGGCCAAUGUCCCGAUUAAAAUCGACAGGCAUCUUUUUUACACCAUCGGUUUAGGGGCAAACCCAUGUGCCAGCUGCUUGAAUGGGACACAGCUGACGGCUUCAUUGAACAACAUUACCUUUGUGAUGCCUAAAACAGGGCUUUUGCAGGCCCAUUACUUCAACAUCCCUGGUGUCUUCACUGCUGACUUUCCUGACCGGCCGGCGGUUCCGUUUAACUACACGGGUGUGCCAUUGACGGCGAAUUUGGGGACGACUUUAGGAACGAGGCUGAGUAAGCUGGCGUUUAAUUCGACGGUUGAGUUAGUGUUGCAGGACACCAAUAUGCUGACUGUUGAAUCGCAUCCGUUUCAUCUACAUGGCUACAAUUUCUUCGUGGUCGGUACUGGAAUUGGUAACUUCGAUCCCAAGAAUGAUCCUUUGAAGUAUAACCUGAUUGAUCCUCCGGAAAGGAAUACGGUCGGUGUCCCUACCGGCGGUUGGGCUGCUAUCAGAUUCAGAGCAGAUAAUCCAGGGGUUUGGUUCAUGCAUUGUCACCUGGAGCUGCACACAAUGUGGGGUUUGAAGAUGGCGUUUGUUGUUGAGAAUGGAAAAUCAGCUGAAGAAUCAAUUCUGCCGCCGCCGGUGGACCUUCCACCCUGCUAGUGCUUUAGAAAAACUCAACCAGCAGCUUCUUCCUUGACGGCUUUAUACUCAUUUUUCAAUUCCCACUUCGUAACUAUAAAUUACUGUAUCUGCAGAAACAAUUGAUGAUCGUGUGAGCAAGAUGUAUACCAAAUUUAACUUUCUCCAUUCUUUUCCAUUGUGAUUCAUCCCUAUACAUGGAAGGAACCAAACUUUGAAAUUACACAUACAUUUUUAAGUAAAAAGUUGUUCUUUUUCUGUC